ACUCCGGCGAGGUACAUGAGUAUAUGGUGGUACCGGUAAUCCGCUCAGUCUACUGCACGCUUCGCAGGAAGGUACGUCAACGGCAGGAGAUGUUCUAACAAAAAUAAUGUAACGAACGAAACUGUCACAAAAAGACUGUCAAAAUGACAUUGUUGCCAAAACUAAAGAAUGUGACGGUAAUGUUCGCGACUUUGCUGUUUUUGUGUUUACUCGGGAUUGACGGGAAGUCCAUGCCGUCGUUUUCCUUGAAGUUUCCCGACUUUUCGAAGAUCGGGCGCCCCGCGAAUAUACUCGUCGUGCCUAAAAAUUACACGGGAUACAGGGUGUCGCAGGAUUCCAUUCGAAUGGUGUAUGUCAACGACUUCACCGUAGCUAUUGUGGAACUAGGAGCCAAUAAAUUGUUGUUAAAUUGUGAAUUAAUUGAAAUUUGGAAUCCGGAACAAGUUAUGCAGGUGUUGGGUGAAUUAACGGACACUGCCAGACCGAUGAUGAUCUCUUUUGAGGAAAUGGUGACUCUGAUGAAGCAAUGUAAACAAUUGGAAGAAAUGAGGAUAAUGAGGAGGCAUAAGGAAGUUGGAAAGAAUAGUGCUGAAGUUGCUAUUGAAAGGUCGACAGCUUCAAAAAGCCCAUUCACGUUAUUGAAUGGUAUUGUACCUGGAACCAAAUGGUGUGGCACCGGAGACAUAGCUAAAAACUACUUCGACUUGGGAGUAGAUUCAACAGUAGAUUCUUGCUGCCGAACUCACGAUCUCUGUCCCGUAAAGAUCAUGGCUAAUUCCAAAAAGUAUGACCUCGAGAACAAUUCCUUUUUCACCAAAUCCCAUUGUAAAUGCGACGACUGGUUGUAUCAAUGUUUAAAGAAGGCUCUACCAUCUCCGUCAGCCAACUUGAUGGGGCAGAUUUAUUUUAAUAUUGUCCAAGUGCCUUGUCUUUCAGAUACGGAUAAAGGAUUGCAGUUACGGAGUGCUAGAAAAAACUUCUAGGAUAAAUAAUAAAUUAGGGAAAUAAACGAAUUUAAAGGUGGGGUUGUAUAAAAUGUAAAUAUAAUAAUAGUUAAUAAAUACGUAUGUAGUUGCCUAGCUUUUGAUAAUUUUUGUUAAGUAAAUAUUAAUUUUAAGGUGCCAAAUUAGUCCUGUCGCUAGGGGGGUACAACGGCCUCAUUUAUUUAGAUAAAUUACCCAAGUUUUUUUAUGUAUUUUGACCCGCAGAUCACGAAUUUUUUGGGUAACAGUUGAUCCGGAUAUCGAUAAGAUUGUUAGGUAUAAACAAAGAACUUGAGGAAUUAUAUAACAGCGAUUUUUCGCAAAACAAAACAUUUUUUUGUAUUUUUUGGGCCAUUCUAAGCAAAAAAUAUUCUUACAAGUUUUUUCGUAUGAUGUAUAGUUUUCUAGGUAAACGCUGUUGAACUUUCAAAAAAUCGAAAAAUUGCAUUUUUUGCACCCGAAUAACUUUUGAUUCAAAAAUAAAAUAGCAAUUCUGCUUACCGCAUUUGAAAAUUCAAGUCAAAUUAUAUCGGUUUUAAUUAUUUGCAUUGCUAAAAAUUUAUUUUUUUAUUGUUAAACAAAGCUAGUGUUUCCCGUGGACAAUACAUGCGUUUUAAUGCAUGCACUACGUAGAAAUUACCUCGCUUGUAAACUUGUUUACUUGUACCUACUCUACCUAUUCGUUCGAUUUUAAAUGAGAGAUCAUUGAAUGAAAACAUCACUCAAAAACUAUGUGUUUAUGGUUUAUAGCUAACUAACAAUAAAAAGAUAAAUUUUUAGCAAUGCAAAUAAUUAAAACCGAUAUAAUUUGACUUGAACUUUCAAAUGCGGUAAGCAGAAUUGCUAUUUUCUUUUUUUAAUCAAAAGUUAUUCGGGUUCAAAAAUGUCAAUUUUUCGAUUUUUUUAAAGUUUAACCGCGUUUAUCUCGAAAAAUAUACAUCCUACGAAAAAACUUGUCAGAACAUUUUUUGCUUAGAUUGGCGCAAAAAAUACAAAAAAAUGUUUUGUUUUGCGAGAAAUCGCUGUUAUGUAAUUCCUCAAGUUCUUUGCUUAUAUGUAACAAUCUUAUCGACAUCCGGAUCAACUGUUACCCAAAAAAUUCGUGUUCUACGGGUCAAAAUACAUAAAAAAACUUGGGUAAGUCCAUCUGAAUAAAAGAGGCCGUUGUACCCCCCAUGGCGACAGGCCUAAGUGUUCCCAUGGCAAAAAUUCUCUAGUUAAAUUAUUUUUUUACUAAAAAACAUUGAAGUAAAACCUCCUGUUCGUAAUUGGUAAUUAAAUUUAAAAUCCAAAUGGAUUACAUUAAUGUUCAAAACGUUUUCGGACUUAUAUCAGUCCAUCAUUAGUGAACUUGGAGGUACUUGCUAAAUAGCCACAGAACCAAACAGUAUGGUUGCAUUUAAAGGAUUAGUAACAAUAUAAAAAUUUCGAUUUUAAGAGACUCGAUUUGAAUCAAAACGAAACCAUUUAUUUUGUUUUUACACUUUACUCAGAAUACGAGUAGAAAAAUGAUGACGAUUCGGAUAGGCAAGCUGAGAUGCAUCGAUGGAAUGUUUUUCCUAUGUGUCUUGAUAUUUAUACAGGGUAUUAGUUAAUAAGUAUGAAAAAUUUUAAGGGUUAAUUCUACAUAAAAAAUAAUGCCGGUUUGUUCUAUAAACAUAUAUCCACAAAUGCUUCGUUUGCGAGAUAUGGGGUGUUGAAAUUUUUAUUUCAAACUGCCAAUUUAUUUAUUGCUCUAAGACCAGUUGAGCUAUGAAAAUAAAUUUUUGGUGAGUUUUAGGAGGUAGUUAUUGCGCAUUUUUUUUGACAUACAAUUAAGAAUUUUGUAUUCAUCAUUGGCGCGCAUACGGUGAAUUUUUUAAAGAAUAAGAUAGUACGCCACUGAGAUAUUUCAAAUUAAAAAUUCUUUUUAAAUUCCAUGUUUAAUUUUUGAUAAAAAACUUUUCUAGCCUUUUUUCAUAUGAUGCACCGUUUUUAUGCAGAAAAAUAAAACAUCUUGGCGCGUAUUUUUCAUUUGUUAAUACAUCAUCAAGAACUAUCAAAUAUAAUAAUACUAAAUAUAUAAUAAUACUAAAAUGUUUAAAAUGAUCUCCUUUAUAGGUAACAGAAGAAUUUUAUAUUCAUCAUUGGCGCGCGUACGGGUAAUGGUCUGAAUUUUUUUAAGGAAAAAAUAGUACGUAAACGAUAUACGUAGUAAAAUGAUUUUUAAUUUGACAUAUCUCAGUGGCGUACUAUUUUUCUCUUAAAAAAUUCAGAUCAUUACCCGUACGCGCGCCAAUAAUGAAUAUAAAAUUCUUAUAUAACCUCUAAAGGAGGUCAUUUUUAACAUUUAUUGUAGCUCUGCGCCUAGUUAAAACCUUAUUAGUACUAUUUUCUGUUAUUGUUCCAGUUUGGUAUUAUUAUAUUUAAUAUUUCUUGAUAAUGUGUUAAUAAAAUGAAAAAUACGCGUCAAGAUGUUUUAUUUUUCUGCAUAAAAACGGUGCACCAUAUGAAAAAAAGGCAAGAAAGGAUUUUUAUCAUAAAUUAGACGUGGAAUUUGAAAAUAAUUUUUAAUUCGAAAUAUCUCAGUGGCAUGCUAUUUUUUCUUUAAAAAAUUCAGACCAUUACCCGUAGGCGCGCCAAUGAUGAAUGCAAAAUUCUUAAUUGUAUGUCAAAAAAUGCGUAAUAACUACCUCCUAAAACUCACCAAAUUUCAUUUUCAUAACUCAACUGGUCUUAGAGCCAUAAAUAAAUUGGCAGUUUGAAAUAAAAAUGUCAACACCCCCAUAUCUCGGAAACUAAGCAUUUGCGGACAUAUGUUGAUAGAGCAAACCGGCAUUAAUUUUUCAUGUAGAAUUAGCCCUUAAAAUUUUUUAUACUUAUUUACUAACACCCUGUAUAUCUGGGUGUUAGUAAAGGGUAUAUCUGUAUAUCUGGGUGUUCUAGCUGUAUAUCUGAGUGUUCUAGCUUGCUUGAAUCGUUGUCGACAUUAAUUUCAUCGUUCCCCGUUAGAGGUCAAUCUAACCAUAGUCCAGUGUAAAUAUUUGAAUAUUUACACCAACCUCUCGGUGAGUUUUGACUCAAAUCAGUCUUCUUGCGAAGCCUCUUUGAUAACGGGUAGACCGAGAAACCCGGUGUCAGAGGAUGGCAAGAGACUCGAUUUGAACCAAAACGAAACCGUUUAUUUUGAAGAUAAAAAUUGUAAAAUUAGCCCAAUAAAAGCCGAUGCAAACGGAUAAUUUUCCGAAAAUAUAAGAUACCUGCUCAAAAAUGGAGGAUACAUAUGUACAUCUUGGUCUGAAUGAGUCUGCCAACUCGUGGUUCAGGGGCUAUUUAGCAAGUACCUCAAAGUUCACUGAAGAUGGACUGAUAAGUCCGAAAACGUUCUGUAGAAUUAAUGUAAUUCAUUUUGCUGUUCAAAUUUUAAUUUUAAUUAAAAUAUACCAAUUACAACAGAAAUAUUUACUUCGAUUUUAAAGUUUUCUUAAAACUAUAGCCAACUUCCGGGCAGUAUCCCGUUUUAAUUUAUUUGUUUAUUAUUAUUUUGCUGUAUUUGGUAAUAUUAUAUUCUUACUAUAAUAAUUUAUUUCAGUCAAUACAUAAUUUCAGCUUGAUAUACAAAUUUAUGAAAUUUGUUACGAAAAAAUGUACCAAAAAUUAAACAAUGUGUUUUUCUAAAAUAUUUUAAGAAUAAUUUGUUGGUGUUGUAAAAUACAUUUAUUUGUAGGUAAUAA